GAAGCUCCGUCACUUGUAGACUACUUGGCUAGGCUGCUAGGUACAUCUGUGGCUGCUCUGUGUGCGGCGUUGUCUCUCGUGGAUGUCGGGCGGUGCUAAAUCAUCAUCAGGAACGGCACGUGAGCUUCUCUGCAGUCGUUGCUACAAGCGAGAGUCGUGCGUGCAAUGUUGCGGCACUCGCUACUGUCUCCGGCACUUCCAUACCAGCAACCACUCAAGCGAUCACCCGCAGAAAGCGAUCGUCAUGAACCGAAGAGCGCUUGACGACCAGCUCCCUGCUUUUCGUGAGAUGUGGAGGGAGGCGUUCCAAUCAGUCGCAGACGACGUGGGUCGACUGUCGCGAGACGUUAGCAAGAGGGUCGAGGAUGACCCCCUAGCCUCGAUCGGCAUGGCCCUAAAACCGGUGCGAAACGGCAAACAUCCGGAACGAAACGGGAAGAAUCCGGAACACCAGUCGUCGGGCUCCGCUUCGUCGGCGACAAAACGGCGGCGGAAGGAGAAAGAGGAGAAAGAGGCAGCAGCGGCGGCGGCAGUGGAUCCCUUCGCUCGACGAAGAACCCGACCGAAAAGCUACUGGGCCGUGGGACACGAGUUGGACGCCCCCGAAGAGGCCGAGGGGUCUGCGGCAGACGAGAGGGCCGCGGCAAUCGCCGCCGCCGCCCCCCGCGCGGGUGAGUACCAGUGCGAGUCGUGCGAAUCCGACAACACCAGCUUUGACAUCAUUGGCGGGGCGGCCGUCGGGACUCGGAAGGCGGAGACCUUCGGCAAGAAGGACGCUCCCGAGCUGAUCCUAAGGGUGUUGUGUCACGCUUGCGGCAACAAUUGGCUCGAAGAGCGAUAGUAGCAUCGAGGGCGUGGCGUACUGUAGCAUCACAUUGUGCAGGCCUCUGGCGGUCUACGCCUGUUGUUGUACUUGUGCCUAUCCGCGUGCGGUAGGAGGUUGAUCGAUCGGUGUGGCUCUUUGCCUGGCGAUUUGUAAUCAACAUGUAUGUGGUUUGUUCGCGCUUCUGUUUUCGCUGAUUUUUCCGAGUCUGGUUGACCUCGGUGACAACGCCGAUUUUGCUAAUGUGAGUCCUUGGACGUUCUUUGGUUAACUGGGCCAGAUCGCUGCUGCCGAAAUUUGUUUCUCCGAAAAAGCGCACUCACUUUCCUCUCCUGUCCACGGGGACAUCCUGAGCCGAAUCCUCGUCGUCUUUCCUGCAAGCGGGUCCCUUGUCCCCAGGGAAUGGAGUAUGAGGUAGCGGUAGAUGGCUUGGAGUGGCUGCUGCGGCAACGCUGGUGUUUGUUGACGCUCC